AUGCCGAAUCGACGGAUCACGAUUAUCCUCAACGCAAACCAAACCAAACGCAUCACUGUGCUUGUUCCUCUUCCACAGCCAGACGACGUCGACGUCUAUAACGUCCGCGACCACAUUCUACUCCAAGCACGGAACAAGUUUCACAACAAAUACCUCUACAUUGUCUAUCGCCGUGGUGGCGCCGAGCUCGAGGAUUUCGCAUCGCUCCCAGAUGAGGAAGACGAAGUGCUCGUGAGCAAAGGAGAGAGUUAUAUCGGCCCGCCAAAUAAGAAACUGCGUGCAGAUGGCAUCGUCGCGGAGAGCAGCGUAAUCGCACAUCAGAGCUUUGUUCACGAGGACGCAGUGAAGCAGAUGGAGGCGCUCAAGAGCUUACAGGGGGUCUAUUCGGUCGUUGGGAUGCCCGACUUGCACAAGGGCGACCGGUUCCCAAUUGGUUGCGCCAUUUUCGCGCAAGGAAUCUAUCCAGCGCUCAUAGGCAGCGACAUUGGCUGUGGUAUAUCGCUCUAUCCACUCGGUGCAACACCAGCGCACCUCACACCUCAAAAGCUGGCGAGCAAAUUACUCAAAGGACGCUUAGAUGAGCCGUGGGAGGGUGACGCAAAGCGGUGGUUAAGCAUUUACGGUAUAAAAGGUGACGAGGAAGACGAAUUCGACUCCAGCCUGGGUACUGUUGGUGGCGGGAACCAUUUUGCAGAGAUUGUGAGUGUCGAGCGCAUUGUAGAUCAAGAGGCGUGCGACUCGAUGGGGGUGUAUGAAGGGAGACUGUAUGUGCUGGUCCACACUGGCUCGCGUGGUCUAGGGGCGAGCAUUCUUCGUGACUAUACACGCUCGAAUGCCAAUCCUUACUUGAUUGAGGAGGAGGAGCGACGAGUAUAUCUGGCAAGACAUGAUCAUGCAGUGCUGUGGGCAAGGGCGAAUCGUGAUUUAGUGGCGCAUCGAAUCAAGGCUUGCAUCUUUGGAGGGCGUGGGAGUGACAGUGACGAGCAAGGAGAAGACGAAAAGGAAGCGAAAGACACGGCAGAACCCAACUACAAAGAUUACCUAUCGGAGCUCGAGAAGAUUCUCGAUGUCACUCACAACUCUGUCACUUUGACCGGAUACGAACACGACGGGGCAUUCGUCGACGCCUAUCUUCACCGCAAAGGCGCAGCACCCGCUGACAGAGGUUUCGUGCCGUGUCCGGGAAGCCGAGGCGACUUUAGCUGGAUAGUGCAACCGAUGGGAGAUGGAAAGCAGAAUGCAUACUCCUUGCCGCACGGCGCAGGUCGUCUGCACCCGCGCAACGCACCAUCGCUUCGACGAGGGACGGCAGAUCAACUACGGACCACAGCGCUAGACUCGUACGUCGUAUGUACGGAUCCAGACUUGCUUGUGCAAGAGCGACCAGAGGCGUACAAGAGUGUCCAGGCGGUCAUUGACGACGUUGAAGAGGCAGGAGUCGCCGAGGGAGUGGUCGUGCUGAGACCGUAUGUGACAUUCAAGACGGCAGUCGAGAGGCGCAAAUAG